AUGUUGCUGGAGUCGCGAGGCCUCGCCGGUAGGAAGAGAAACGGACUGACACUGACCUCGUUCGGCGACGGUGGCGGCGCCGGCAGCGAGGAGGACGACGAGGAAUCUCGACAUCACCUCUACCUGGGCAGGAAGAUGCAGGGCGAGGGCACCGCCGCCUCCGCGGUACCUACCGGGCUGUCCGGGUGCGCCGGCGAUGACGGCGAUGAGAGCUCGAGCCCGUCGCCGAACAGCAGUCUCCUGAACAAUCUCAAUAAUAAUUGUAACUCGAACCGUCAAUGCGCAACCGACUUCAGCAUCGCUGCGAUCAUGGCGCGGGACUCGCGUCAACAGCAGCAGCAGCUGCAACAGCAGCAGCAACAGCAACAGCCGCAACAGCAACCGCAGCAACCGCAUCAUCAUAAACAUUCACAACAGCAGGCCGUCGGAGGCGGAAAGUUGCAUCAACACGAAAGGGAAGCCAGCGGUUCUGGGGUCGCUCGCGGUGCCCCGCCGGUCUCGGAGACGAUCAAUCCGGAGGACGAGCCGGAAACGGACGAUACCGGAAGCACGAGUGGAAACGGCGUUUCGCCAGUGGUGAAUCCUCUGCUCCAAGAACGAUCGAAUUGCGAGGAGCUGAGGCACGUGGUGUGUCACCUCGAAACCAAGGAUCUCUGGGAUAAAUUCAAUGAGCUCGGCACGGAGAUGAUCAUCACAAAGACUGGCAGACGGAUGUUUCCAACGUGUCGUGUCUCAUUCAACGGGUUGAAGGCAGACAGUCGAUACUCGGUCCUGAUGGACAUUGUACCGGUCGACAAUAAAAGGUAUCGGUACGCAUAUCACAGGAGCUGCUGGUUGGUGGCCGGAAAGGCGGAUCCGCCGGCGCCAGCACGACUCUACGUUCAUCCGGAUUCACCUUUCACGGGCGAGCAGCUCCGAAAGCAGGUCGUUUCCUUCGAGAAAGUCAAGCUCACUAACAACGAUAUGGACAGGCAUGGGCACCUGGUCCUGAACUCCAUGCACAAGUACCAGCCGAGGAUCCACCUGGUGAAGCGGCCGGACUCGGGCUCGAAGCCGAUCGUAGACCUCGAGAAGGAACCGCACAAGACCUUCGUAUUCCCGGAGGCCAUAUUCACCGCUGUCACCGCCUAUCAGAAUCAGCUCAUCACGAAGCUCAAGAUCGACAGUAAUCCGUUUGCCAAGGGCUUUCGAGAUUCCUCUCGUCUCACGGACUUUGAAAGCUUCCCUUUUAGGGAGACGAUGGAGUCAAUGCUGGCAGAACAGCAAUCGUUGAGGUUUCCGCACCGGCUUCCCUUUGAAAUGGAACAACUUCAGCCAAGUACCGUGAACAAUCUCAGUCUCGAGGAGAAAGCCUUGUGGGCUGCACGUUCUCAGAUGCUGCUGAGAGCGGCGGCGGCCGUAGCUGCUACCAGUCCUUACGCCCAGUUGGUCAACCCCACUUUGGUUUAUCCGGGUGCCUCAGCCGCGGGUACCAGUCAUCAGCAACAGCAACAUCAACAGCAACAGCAACUGGGCCACUUAUGGUGGGCCUCUUCAAUUGGAUCUACUAUCUUUGCAGCGGCACACCACCAACAGCAGCUGGUCGCGUCCAGUUCCCAACAGAAUCCGACAGGCCCCGCAGCCCCACGACCGCUCUAUCCGUCGCCCCUUGCUUUGGCUCACAACCGUUUCACGCCCUACCACACGACUGUCCCUAAGUCCUCGACGCCGGCUGCGCCGUCGCCGUCGCCGUCCAGAAGGGCCACGCCAUCUCCUACAGACAGUCUCAGCAGGGAGGCCCAAGACCUUUCACCCUCGUAG